UUUGCACCGACCUUCAUGAUGAGCGACUCCCUUCAGAACUCAGACAAUCCCGCACUCCAGGGACACCCCGCACCAGAUGGUCGUCACAAUACCGUCGGCAUCGAAGUUCAGCAUACGGGCCCACUGGACACGCUGUUGGAGCAUGAAGAGUACCUCCACGGCCACUCGUCAGAGGAUGCUGUAGGAGCGCUGCUCAGCGAAGAGACCCCUCUGCUGUGGGCACGUCGCGGCGAUGCUGAGGCUUGUGGCGAGGAAUCGAUCCUACAUGCACUCUGGGAGGAGACGGUUAUUCUUCUAAGAUACACGCUACCAGUAUUUGGCACACAUUUUCUGGAGUUCAGCCUCUCCCUGGCAAGCGUUAUCGCGCUUGGCCAUCUGAACACGACGUCCCUCGCCGCAGCCUCGCUUGCGAGUAUGACGGGAGCGGUCACAGGACUGUCCAUCAUUCAUGGAAUGGCUAGUGCUCUGGACACGGUACUUCCGAGCGCGUGGACCAGCCCGCAUCCUGACCUGGUCGGACUAUGGACCCAGAGAAUGACUGUUGUGAUGACCGCAACCUUGAUACCGAUUUUCUUCAUAUGGUUCAACGCGGAGCGCAUCCUGCUCACUAUCAAGCAAGAUCCCGAAGUCGCCCAUCUUGCAGGCAUCUACCUCAGAUGGCUUUCCCUAAGCUUGCCUGCGUACGGCUUCAACAGCAUCUCCCGACGCUACUUCCAAUCACAGGGUCUAUUCGCUGUUCCUACGCGCAUCGUAGUAGCCGCUGCGCCAAUCAAUAUUGUGUUGACCUAUUUACUAGUUUGGGGACCUGACUCCGUUCGCUUAGGCUUCGUUGGCGCUCCAAUUUCGACCACUAUCUCCGUCAAUCUGAUCUCAAUCGCUUCCAUCUUCUACGGGGUCUUCUUCACGCCACGUACGGCAUGGCAUCCUCUGUCUCGGCGUGCUUUCAGCAACUUGGGGAUGCUUGUGGGGCAGGGACUUGCCGGUGUCGCCCAGGUCGGCGCUGAGUGGUGGAGCUGGGAACUGAAUGGCCUCUCGGCAAGUUUCCUCGGCCCCAUGUUACUUGCCAGCCAAAACGUAAUGCUUCAAUCGUCCGCUUCAAUGUUCCAAGUACCCUACUCGCUUAGCAUAGCCGCCUGUGUGCGCAUCGGCAAUCUCUUGGGAGAGAAAGAUCAUAUGCGUGCGCAUACAGCGUCGCAAGCCGCGCUGAUACUUGCAGCCGUAUUUGGCAUGAUGUCCAGCGCCAUCUUCGUCAUCUUUCCGAGACAGUGGGCGAGCAUAUUUAGCACUGACGAAGACGUCCUCGCCGCGGUGGUGCAUACACUUCCCCUUGUUGCUGUAUUUCAGCUUUUCGAUGGCAUCGGAUGUGCUUGCGGAGCCAUUCUGCGCUCUCAAGGCAAGCAGAUUACGGCUGCGACUCUUAACCUGACCGCACGGUGCAUAUUCAUCCCAUUCGGGAUAUGGCUCGCCUUUCGUGGUCACAUGGGCUUAGAUGGCCUCUGGACCGGGGUGUCUAUCGCACUGUUCUUCGUGUCGGUGGGAGGGAUUUGGAUCGUGUUAAAGACCGACUGGACGAAGGAGAUGCUCAAGGUGCAAGCCCGUAUUGCGGAAGAACAAAAACAGCGUCGCCUCUACCAAGGCGAUAGCGACGCAUGAUUUCGUGCGCCCAUUUCAUAAUGCAGGCUUGUCGUUGAGAGUCCACGCCGCUGCUCUCACAUAUCGAAAACUCGAGGGCACUUCCUGGAUGACUUUGCCCCAUGGACAACAUGCUCUGCAGCUAUGAUCGUUGCGUGUUCACUGCGCGGUCUUGAAAGCUCUGAGCACCGUGGCAUAGCUUUAUUAUGAACAUGACAAGCGCUACAAAUAGACGAACAGAUCUUGUGAAAUAUACAAUGAAAGGAGCGUGCUACAUGGUAUAUGUCAGUGGUGAUGGUGUUAUGAUAGACCUGCCCAGUCUUUGUACGCGGCUUGCAAUUCCACUACGAAUGCUUGGGCCUCCGGGCUCUCGCUGCCCUCUUGCGGGUAGUUAUCGGGAUUGACGACUGGCGUGAGCCAGAAGUUGGAAUCGAAAUAGGUGAAGGAUCCGUCGGAAUUCGGGGUAAAGAGAGCUUCGCGCGUCUUGUCGGCAUUGGCAAUAAACGUCUCAACGCCGGUGAGGGAUGCAAGACGGUAAACCGUGGCGGCGAGGAGAGUAGCGGAGGCCGCGUCAAGGAAGGUGGAGGUAUCGUCGGCGUAAUUGUGGAACAGACCGCUCGAAUGCUGGUGAGCGUACAUCCCGGUAUGAAUCUCAGUCACCCACUGGAUGAGCUCCGCUUGGCGACCGGAGGUGGCUGAGUUCCACGAGGAAUGCAUGUACGUUGCAAGAACCCGCAGCAUGCCCGCGGCCGCCCAUGCAUUUCCUGUAGACCAGUGCCCUUCAUCGUUACCAGGCUCCCCACUAAGGGUACCCAGGAGAAUGUGCUUCCAUAACCCGCCGGCGCUCGCGUCGUGCAAGUAACUGCGGUAGAGCUUGAUCUGAUUGUACGCUUCGUCGACGUUUGCUUGAGUGUUCGUUAGGACACCGUAAUAGGCCAGAAAAGGCGGGACCAUGUACACGGAAUCACUCCACAAUUGGACCUGCGCGACUCUAUGCGAAAUCGCACCAUCUGAAGUCUUUGGCGCGACCUCCAUGAGGAAGUUCCUCUCGCUUGUCGCGAUGCCCGAGUACCCGUGUCCUGUCUGCCCAGUCCAUCCGGCGAUUAGCACAGCGAUACCGCAGCUGGCUGGGUCGCCGGCUGAGCCGUCGCUGGUGACCAAGGUGACCGCGCUGCCCGAAGUCGUACGCAUUGCGAGAACGCGGUCCGCAAUGGAGAAGACCUUCUCCAGAGAGGAAGGUGCGGAUGUGGACGGCGGGAGGGUGGAGGUAAAGACCGAGAAGGACGGCGUGUCGAUCUCAAGGAGCGCUUGAGCACGCGUUCCAAGCUCCCAACUAUGCGUCGCGCCUUGCGCAAGUCGCGUCUUCACUUGGCCCAACUGCGUCCCGGUCAGGAUCUGCGCGCCGCUUGCAGCGGCAAGGGUUAGAAUCCCAGCGACUGUGAACAAUGGCUGCAUCGCUGGGCAAGCGGAGACGGUCCAGGGGCGGAUGGAGGUCGGCGCAAAGGAGGAUCCAUGCGCUCGAUGUUAUUUAUGGGUUCCCGCUAAGGUCCAAACGCGUAUUCUUCGGGAGCGUCCAACUCACACGGAAGCUGAUAGGUGGCAGAUGUACCAGGGACAAGGGAGACACGGUGCGUGAGUGCGUCGUUCUAACGGCGAGCCCGUCACAUGGGUGUAGUAUCUCGACGUAUGCAGUUUGCUCGAGACGUGAAAAUAAUGAGCCCGGUGUUGCAAGGCAGGGAUUGCUGGUCUGUUCCCACAACAUCUUCCACUGAAACAGAAACGGGCAGCGCACGAUCAAAACAGCCCGGCACCUUCCGGCGUGCGUGACCUUCCGUGCAUCGUCAGCAGAAUGCUCGGUUCCGACGCUAAGCCUGAUGC